AUGGCAGCAUCCCUCUCGCCCAGGAAGGUGGAUGAAGCCUUGCUACUCGCUUCAGAGGCACGGGAUUUGCUUCUGCGUUACGGCCACAGCAGAAAAGCGAGUGUGACCUCGCUCGUUCGCAUUCAAGAAACACUGCGAGCCAUACUCCAGUGUACAUCGCUUAUGCAAGCAUACGAUACAACACCGUACCACUGCGGCAUCUACAAUCACGUGUCGCGAACGUUUCUUAGUGUGCUUGAUCUACAGCUCGAAGACAGUCCUUCUAGCGGUCCGGUAAGGUGCAGUCAAGACGCAACUGAAGUCCUCACAUGUAGUGUUCCUUGCACCAUCGUGGGUAGCGACGGUGAAGGGGUGGGUGAUGCUGAGCUACCGCCGCCUGAUGGUGGCAGCAUCACCACCAGCACCAGCAGCGUGAGGUGGGCUGACAUUGUGGGAUGCGAGGAUGCCAUUGCAGCGCUGAAGCAGGCAACAAUUUUGCCGUUGCAAUUCCCACACCUUUUUCAAGGGCCGCGGCGGUUUUCCCGACGGAUUUUGUUGUACGGCCCGCCUGGUACAGGCAAGACGCUCCUUGCUGCAGCGGCAGCAACAGGAUACGGGGCACCGCUUCUCACCAUUUCGUCGGCGGACAUUCUCAGCAAGUGGAUUGGGGAAUCUGAGCGGCAGGUGCGGCGUGUUUUCGACGCAGCCACCCGGCCUCCCCGUUGUAUUCUCUUCCUUGACGAAGUGGACGCCAUCUGCAGCGUCCGCGGUGCCGCGGGUGAGAGUGAAGCCUCACGACGUGUCAAGACGGAGUUACUGCUCCGAAUGCAGAGCCUGAACUCCGAUCGCAUCACAAUCAUUGCGGCAACAAACAUGCCGUGGGAACUGGACUCUGCAUUCCGUCGGCGCUUUGAUCAUCUCAUCUUUGUAGGACUUCCGUCGCCCUCUGCGCGUCGACAACUCUUUGCGUUAGAGCUGCAGCAUGUGUCACACACUCUUAGCGACGAAGACGUUGAGUGGCUUGUCAAUAGCACAGAGGGCUACUCGGCGUCUGACAUUCGGCAUGUUGCACAGCACGCUGCAAUGGAGCCCGUCCACCAGAUCACCCAGACGGAGUACGUCAAACCCGUACCGGCAGCGGGAGUAGCAGCGACAGAACGCACAGAUGGCAUCUGUUACAUUUCUUGCUCAGAGGCGGAUGAGAAUGCGCUCCCGCUUCAUAGCAUUCCUGCUGCGGAGCUUCACGUGCCAAAAGUUUGCCGUCGUGAUUUCGAGACCGCGCUUCGUGGGUUUCCCCCAACGGUUUCAAAUGAAGAGAUGCUGAAGUUCACGCACUGGCGCAGUCGUGAGGGUCGGUCUGUCGCAUGA